AGACUUACUAAAAAAAUACAGCCCUUUCGAUGAUCCAGCCCAACGCUACCUUGAUCAUGGGCCCGAGCCCCAACCAAACACAACAAGCCGAGGCCUGCACGAAUCUUGAUGCGCCGCCGGCGCUUCCUCUUCCUCUUCCAAUCUUCUCCCUCCUCGGUGCCUCCUCCGCCGCCGCGCACGGGGAGCGCAAACCGAUCCUAAACCAUCGCGCUGCAGCGCCACGCGCACGGCGAGGCGGCGCCAUGGCUCUCCUGGCUCCCCCCCAGUCGUCUCACUGCCCCUCGCGCACCCACCGCGCCCGGCGCUUCCCGGCGGCCGGCGCGCCCCCGGAGGGCAGGCCUGCGCCUUGCAGCAGCCGGUCGCCGCUACAGACCUACCACCGUGGCCGUCGGCAGGAGGAGAUAGUUCCUUUUGCGGAGUCUUGGGCAUGGCAGCAGUCCAUUCUUACGAGGAGGAAAGGUUUGGUGGACAGAGAUGAAGAUCGCUCAGACACCUUGAUUGCUUUGCAACAUUCACCGGUUUAUACAUUGGGCACUGGCAGCAGCGAGGACUACCUCCAUUUCAAUGUUGGAGAAGCUCCUUUUGAGAUUCAUCGUAUUAAACGUGGCGGUGAGGUGACGUAUCAUGGCCCUGGACAGCUCGUUAUGUACCCGAUUCUCAAUUUGCGGUAUCACAAAACGGAUCUUCAUUGGUACCUUUGGUCACUUGAAGAAGUGAUCAUUCGUGCACUGAAAUCUGCAUUCUCUAUCGAGGCAUCAAGGGUAGAAGGUCUCACUGGUGUUUGGGUUGGGGAUCAGAAAGUUGCAGCAGUAGGGAUUCAUGUCUCCCAGUGGAUAGCUUAUAAUGGCCUAGCACUAAACGUCACAACUGACUUGACCCCAUUUGAAAUUAUUGAUCCCUGUGGCAUAAAGGAUCGUGGUGUUGGGAGCAUAAAGGAGAUACUACAAAAUACAUCAGAUGGAAGAGACAUCGAUGAUACAUUACUGAUUGAUAGAGCAUAUAAUUCUUUGAUCAAAGAGUUUUCUGAACUUUUCAAGGCCAGAAACCAGAACAAGCAGAUAACAGGCACAAUCACGCAAACAGUAUUUAUUAGAAGUGCAAGCUCCUUCAAUCCAAUGGUGGCAAAACUAGUGAUAUGUUGGCAUCGAAUUCAAGCCUUUGCUUCACCUGCAAAUCAGCCACAAGAGUCAGUUCAGCAAAUUGAUCAGCUGCGAUAUUGGACAGCUGAAAAAUUGACCAAGGCAUUUGACCUUUCGCGGUCGAUGUGGAUCCUUCUGCCUUUGUGCCGACGCCCAGCCAUGGUUUGCAGAUGCAAGAUGCUGUUUCUGGAGUGGGUUUCUUCGGUGGUGUCUUCGCUCUUCGUAGACUUCAGUAUUUAUAGCAUCAUGUACAUCUCGUGUUCUUGCAAGGAUCAGUGUAUUUCCCAAUGCUUCCAUGUCGCCCAGUGCAAUUUGUGAAGGAAACAAAGUGUGGAUA